UCGUGCGCGCGAUCAAUGGCCGAGUGUCCGUUCCGCUCUUCGCACGUGUGAUAUACACACAUCUCGAAAACUCUCCAAAAAUAUUUUUUAUACACCUAACUUUAAAAUAUUGCCAAAGUUAAAAUGAGUGCAGUGUAAUUUAAAUUUAAACAAAAAUAAUAUCGGACAUUAGUGUUGUCCUGUCGGUGGCAGGGGGUGGUUUUGUGUUUAGUUAUUUGAAAAGUGUUUGAUAAGAGCCUCGCGCUGGAGCAUCCGGGCGGGUUCGCCUCCUCGCCGUGGGCGGCCGUCCUGGGCCAUCAUCACACCGCAGCGGCUGCAGCGGCGGCGGCCGCCGCCGGCACCAUGAUGCAAACAGGCGACCACCAUGGAUACGGCGCUCCGCAUCACCCCGGCGGACCCAUGGACCUUCACAUGCCGCAAGCAUUUCCCUACUACCGAUAUCGAGACGAUGCCCUUUGUUGGACAGAUCGGAAGCCCGCCGUGGACGAGGUUGGCAACCCUUCAUCAGUCAACGCACGUAUUUUGGAGUUGCGAAAAGAAAAAAGUCGUGAUUCAGCGCGCAUCCGUCGCGGAAAAGAAAACUUCGAAUUUUACGAGCUGGCAAAAAUGCUGCCACUGCCGGCGGCCAUCACUUCACAGCUCGACAAGGCGAGCAUCAUUCGACUGACGAUAUCGUACCUGAAGUUACGCGACUUUUCCGGUCACGGAGACCCGCCAUGGAGUCGAGAUGGACCUCAUAGUAAUAAAAAUUUAAAAUCAGCCAAUCGACGGACAGCUGGUGGAAUCUCACUAGACAUAUUCGAACAACAUCAAGGCACCCACAUACUACAGUCGCUGGACGGAUUUGCGCUUGCACUCGCCGCCGACGGUCGAUUCCUCUACAUCUCUGAAACUGUCUCCAUCUACUUGGGUCUGUCACAGGUGGAAAUGACGGGCAGUAGUAUUUUCGACUAUGUACAUCAUCAGGACCACAAUGAAAUGGCUGAACAAUUGGGUCUUGGGUUAUCACAAGGCGCGGGUAUGGCGUCCCCGGGCAGUGGUUCAGAGGAAGGCGGAUCAAACUCGGGCACCAACAAUCCAGACGUUUCCGACGGACAGCAGCAUAUUAAUGAGUUCUCUUUUCCAGUGUCGACUAUAAUGUCGCUGGCGAACAACCCUGCCUACAAAGGGCUGGACAGCUUUUGUAUUCGCAUGAAGUCAACGCUGACGAAACGCGGCUGCCAUUUUAAAUCAUCCGGUUAUAGGGUGGUAUUAAUGUUGUGUAGAUUACGACCUCAGUAUACGUUUUCGCUCCGGAAAUCACAACCGCCAUUACUAGGAAUGGUGGCGUUGGCAAUAGCGCUGCCGCCGCCAUCAGUGCACGAAAUCCGACUGGAGUCUGAUAUGUUUGUGACACGAAUAACGUUUGAUUUUCGAAUAGCUCACUGUGAACCAAAAGUAUCUGAAUUGUUGGAUUACACAGCCGAAGAGUUAACCGGAAGGAACUUGUACACAUUGUGUCAUGGCGAAGAUGCUAACAAAUUACGAAAAUGUCAUAUAGAUUUAAUCAACAAAGGACAGGUUCUAACGCAUUACUUCCGGUUGAUGAACAAAAAUGGCGGAUAUACUUGGAUGCAAACCUGUGCGACAGUUGUGUGUAAUUCGAAAAACGCCGAAGAGCAAAAUAUUAUUUGCGUUAAUUAUGUGAUAAGUGGUCGUGAGUAUGAAAACCUAAUAAUGGAUUGCUGCCAAAUGGAAGACAACACCCAUACGGUGAAACGCGAGGAGGCCAGCAACAACGACCCGGAAAACGGCAGUCCCGAUGCGGAUCGAGGAGAUGGCCGCAACAGCGGAGGCCCUUCCAACCCCCCACCGGAACCCCCACAACAUCCCAAUGAAGAUAACAACGCUGAAGAUGCGGGUGAUUCACGCAGUCAUCGAGUUGAACAUCUCACACGCCUACAAACUCCAACAGAAAACAGGAAGACAAUCAACGUGCGCAGGGGGACAAAACGACGCGCACAAACUGAAGUGAAUGUCUCCUCUGAUGAAGAAGAAGAUGUACCCACAGUUCCCACCCAAGGAGGCAAUCGUAAUGUUGUUCUUAGUCCGGCGUCAUCAUCCUGCCAUUCGAAUACUGCUGUGGGACAUCUAACACAACCUCCAGAAGCAACUGGUACCGGUACAAGUCCAAAAACAACUCUGAAUCAUGAAGAAACCAGUACUUCAGUGAAAGACCUUGAGAAUGCCAUGUCCAAACAUUUACCAGCGUGUAAAUCACCCACUUCCACACAUCAACCUACUGAUUUCAGUACGGAUGCGUUGUUGAAACAACAACAACGUACAACGAUUCAAUGGAUCGGCGCACAUCAUCAACAACUUCAACAACAAGCACCCCUACCUGCUUCUGCACUUUUAAGACAACUCUACGCAAAUCGGGAGAGUGUAAUCAGAGCGAAUGUGCAUGGCAUCUCAACUACGGGUACCCCACGUGGUGCCACAGCCUACCCUUAUAGUGAAUCACAGGUAGGUCCAUUACCAACACCUCCUGGGAGUGAAGGGUCAUCAUCCUACAGCGAGCACCAAUUUUUACUCUCCCAACAUCAAAAUUACCCUUCGGGAUAUUCCAUGGACUAUCAUACAGCAAUGACGCCGCCAUCAAGUGUCUCACCACGAGAUAAACACCAACAAUUGCAUCCAUCAACAGUGGCUUUUGAUACCCCUGUAUAUCAGGAUGUUUUACGUCACCAGUACCCUGAUAGUCCAUUACCACUGAAACCACAGGUGUAUUCGUACGUGGAACAACCACAGUUUUAUCACCACGGCGCAACCAGUGCCGGCUUUCAUCUGUACCAUCCCAGUAAGAGUACGCCAACAGCGCCAGCUAAUUGGUACUCGCCCACAUAGUGAGCGCAUAGUUGAGGUUAGAGUAAAAUAUUACAGAGAACUGUACAUAACGAAUCAUAAUCAUGAUGAACGAAAUUUUUCAACACAGCUUAGUUAAUUCGUCAGGAGGCUAUAAUUUCUAUAUGUACUUUAAACCAAAGAGAGUAGAUGAGGAUAUUUUCGUAAAUUAAUUAUUGUGCAACAAUAUGAAAAUGACAUCGAUGUUAAUUUCAACCACAGACGUGCGGAGGACUGAUUCUGUUGUGAAAUGUUUAAAUAAGUCCUCGUUUUGUUAUAGCUUCGUACUUAACGCAAUCUGCGAAAUUUCAUAUCCUGUUAUAGUUUCGAUGUAAAUACGAUUAAAUAAUGAGCUAUGCUAUAAGUGAUAACUUAAACAUGAUAAAGAAUAAAUCUCUAGAUGUAUACAUUUUUGCUAAACAACAAACACCACCGGAGACAUUCUUAUUAUAUACAUAUACAAAAAUGGCGAAUGUGUAAAAACAGGCGGCCAUAUUGAUUAGUUUGCUGGUUUUGUUUCAUACAGGAAUACAACGAUAACCGAUGUACAUAUUAAACCAAUGCUGAUAUAUUGAGAUAAUGCAAUAAAAUAACGCUGAUUAUUUGUGUUCAGAUGACAAAUUGUACGCUGCAUGUUUGUCUAUUAUGUAAUUGAAAUCCGCAGGAAUUGUUUCGCGAAGAAGGACGUCGGCGUAAUGUAUUAUAUUUCAUCGGGAGCCAUGGCGUUCAGUACAAAUUUAGUACCGGCUUAUUUCACAUGAAGGAAUACACAUGUAUCAUAUAAUUUAUGUGCAAUAUAUACUUGAUCAAAGUAA